UCAAAUUGUGUUGGAGGUAGUACUUUAUUCAUGUGGUUCACCUUCUUGACUGUUUCAUGGUUUCAUAUAUUUUUGUCUAAUAAAGAAAGAAAUUAAAGAAACAUAAAACUCAAGAGGAAAAAAGAAAGCAAAGAAACAUAAAACUCAAGAGGAAAAAAAUGGCUUAUGCUGCUCUUUCUUCACUUAUACAUACACUGCAACAACUCCUUCAACCUAAAUCACCUUUGAUUUGUACUGAAAACACCUCUAUACAACAACAACUUGUUGAAUCUCUUUAUCAAGAUCUAUGUGAUGUUCAAGUUUUUCUUGAGAACACCACAAUGGAAGUCAAAGAUAUUGAAGAUGUCAAGGUUUUAGAAAAGAGGAUCAAAGAUGUAGUCUACAAAGCAGAAGAUAGAAUUGAUUCAAGCUUGAGAAGCAUCAUUUUACUAGAUAAUGGAGACGAAAUGGCUUAUAAAGCCUUCAAUGAAGAAUUGCAACAAGUGGAAAAAGAAGUUUGUUUUCUCAAAAAAGAGGUGAUGAUGAUCAAGUUUAACAAGCAUAUUGGAUUUAGCAAAUCACCAGAAUCAGCAACAACUUUCCCUUCAUCACGAAAAAGUACAAUCGAUGAAAAGACGGUUGUUGGGAUGAAGGAUGACUACAACACCAUACUAAAUUGCAUCAAUGCUCAAACAAAAGAGCUAAUAGUCAUAUCAGUUGUUGGUAUGGGUGGCAUUGGUAAGACCACUCUUGCCAAAAAAGUUUUUGAUGAUUCAACGAUUCGUUCUCAAUUUGAUAAACAUGCAUGGGUCACCAUCUCUGGAGAUUAUGAUAAGAGACGAAUGCUUCUUGAAGUUGUGUAUUUAAUUACUGGAAUCAAUCAAGAAAUGAGCAAUGAUAAGCUAGUAGAGAUUGUGUACAGAGGUCUAAAGCGUAAAAGAUUUCUAAUUGUCAUCGAUGAUCUUUGGAGUACUGAGGCUUGGGAUCUAAUGCGAAGAAUAUUUCCAAAUGAUAACAAUAGAAGCCGAAUUAUAUUAACCACUCGUCUCAAAAAUGUUGCUGAUUAUGCUAGCUCCCCUGAUUUUCCUCCUCAUGAUAUGUCUUUUCUAAGUUUAGAUGAUAGUUGGAAUCUAUUUACCGAAAGAUUAUUCAGAGAAGAUCCUUGUCCACCACAACUAGAAAAAGUAGGGAAGCGUAUCAUAAAACAAUGUCAAGGAUUACCUCUAUCCAUUAUUGUCAUUGCUGGACUUCUUGGCAACAUAAUACGGACACACGAUAAUUGGAAGAAAAUUGAGGAAAAUUUGAACUCAUUCUUUGGUACGGCUUCAGAACAGUGUGAAGCAAUUCUUUCUUUGAGCUACAAUUGCUUGCCCCAAUACUUGAAGGCAUGUUUUCUCUAUAUAGGAAGUUUUCCUGAAGAUAUGGAGAUUCGUGUUUCGAAGUUGAUUAGCUCAUGGAUUGCUGAGCAAUUCAUAAUGGCAAGAAGCAAUAAAAGGUUAGAAGUGGUGGCAGAGGAGUAUCUACAAGAGUUAAGUGAUAGGUGUCUAAUUUUGGUUGGUGGACGACGGGCUAAUGGAAGGAUCAGAACUUGUAAAAUUCACGAUCUUCUAAGGCAGCUGUGCAUAAGAGAAGCUCAAAUUGAAAAUGUUGUGCAUUUCACGAACAAUUAUGUCUCAGGUGGCAUAAAUGAUCAUCGUCGAGUGGUCAUUCCAUAUCCUAUUCAGGAUUAUUUUCGUGAUCAUCCAGAGCAUAGGAAUGGUAAGAUUACAACCCGCAGCUUGAUCUUUAUGGGACGUAAUUCUUAUAGAGUUACUGGAAUAUAUUACUGGCCAAAUAGUAUUUCAGAUUUCAAGCUUCUUAAGGUGUUGGAUGCACGUGAACUUCUCUAUGAUUUCUCUUAUAUAAUAGCUCACCUUGUACAUUUGAGAUACGUUGAUGCAAAUAUAGAGGAUCCUUCUUCACUAGCCAAAUUAUUCAAUCUACAAACCAUAAUUAUUUAUUCACGAAAGAAGAAUGUGCAGCUCCCACCGGAGAUUUGGACAAUGUCCGAGAUAAAACAUGUGGAUAUUAUAAAUGUGGAUAUGCCUAAUCCUCCUCUUGGAGAACAGCCUUUGUUUCUGAAUAACUUGCAAACACUUUCUGCCAAAUCCUCUGAUGUUGUGUUGGAAAUCUUGAGAAGAAUUCCCAAUCUGAAUAAGUUAAAGAUAAACGAUGUACGAAGUACUGAGUGGAAUGCUUUUCUUGAUUGUCUCCUUGUUCUACAGGGGCUUGUGACACUAAAUAUACAAGCAGCAGCGUCACUCAAUAGUCCAUUCUUUCUCUCUAGAGAUAUUUUGUUGCCUAAUCUCAACAAGUUGAGUUUAGAUUCUACAUUUUUUCCAUGGGAAGUUAUGGCAGUGUUGGCUAAUUUACCAAAUCUUGAGGUGCUCAAAGCAAGUAAUGCAUUCUGGGGAACAGAUUGGAAACUGGAUGAAGAUGUUGUGUUUCCUAAAUUAAAUUGUCUAGCAGUUCGUCACGGAAAUCUGGAAAGAUGGGAAGCAAUAAGUGAUAAUUUUCCGAUGCUUGAGCAACUAAGCCUGUCUUUGUUGCCUUUCUUAGAGGAGAUUCCCGAGAGUAUUGGAGAAAUAAUGACGCUAAAAUUAAUCGUAAUAGGAGGUUGCAAUGCUGCAGUCAUCACUAGUGCAAAGCAAAUUCGACAAGAUCAAGAAAGCUAUGGUAACUAUGAGCUUCAAGUUCGAUUUGAGAGAUAUUGAAAUUAGAGGCACUGGGGAAGGAAAGGAUGAUCAAAGAUCUUCAUUUUUUGGUUGUUUGUGGUGUUAACAGAGAGUAAAUCACAUGUAGCUGUAUUUUGAAUCUUUGAUCCAAACAACUGAUCUUUGAGAGUUUAAGCAUGCUUUUAUAUAUAUAUAGCCUUGAAAGUGAAAUUAAAUUUCUAUAAUUAGAACUUAGAUUCAUGUUCAACUUUAUUUGUAUUAAGAGGGAUAAGACAAUAUCAGAAGUCAGAACAGAAAAUAAGCACACUCUUGUUGAACUUUUAUUGUGAAAUUUAUAUUACAAAUACCAAUAGGAG